AUGCGACACUACUCGAAAAAUAGCGCCAAUCGCUCGCAAUCGAGUGUGUCAAAAACGGGGCCCAGGGCGAGUGAUGCUGCAUUUCGGCACAUGUCUCGCGAGAAGAAACGCAUUCAGCGUGUUAGACAGAAGAGACACCAUCGUCAGAAUGACAUCCCCGAGAUCGCUGAAAGCAAUGAGAUCAUCGGGGUUAAUGGGGCGACUUCGAUGAAUGACGAGAACACCGAUGAUUCUGUCUAUUUGGAGGCGCUGCUCAAUGGACAAGCCGAUGAGGAUCAACAAAUGGCAAAGUCUCCCGACCAAUUCAGCUGCAGGGUCCGUAUCACUCCCUAUGGAAGCGAUUCCGCUGACGCAGCUCUGAGUGCCGAAAGGACGAGUCUUGCACCUGUUUAUGGAGUCUAUCCUGAUGACCACGCUCUUUACAACCAAUCCAACAUGGAAUAUUACGACCCCGAGCAACGGCCAAUUGAGCGUCGUCCAUCGAUCCUUCAAAAUCCUCAUGUGUUCAUGCUGACUCGUUCAAUUGGUUUCUACUGCGGCGAGAAGGCAAAAUGGAUUGCUGAGUUCCUUGCCGCUCGACCGUCUCUUCUCAUGGUGAUUCUCGUAAUCGUCACUAUCUACUUCUUGCUUUCCCUUAUGGAGAUGUCGCUUGUGCUUUUGUUGGAUCCAGUUGUUCGUUUCUUGUGGACUCAUCUGCAUUGGUUGUUGGUGAUGUGUGGUCAAGGUUUUCGCUCGGUUUCCAAUUGGUUCUACACGGCAGAUCAUAUUUCUGAUGCUUGGUUCUGUGAUUUUGCCGACGCGUGGUGUUCUCGCUUCAACAUUUUGUGUGAUCGCCGUUGUUCACAUGUCGAUCGGGCUUUGGAACGACUUCGUCCCCAUGAU